AGAUAUGCAUAUAAACCUGUGUUUAAUCUUAAAGAUAAAAAGUCGCUCAUUCGACUUCUUGAUAAAUACGAUUCAAGGGGACUUGGCAGUAUAACUCUGGAAGACAUUAAAGAGUCGCUCCCCAAUGCCGAACGAAUCGUUAAAAACUUGGUCGACAACAACAAAAUCAUUAUGGUCACCCGUCCUGUCGACAAAAAGCGCAUUCUCUUCUACAAUGAUCUUCAGCUUAGCUUUUCUGUAGAUGAAGAAUUUCAAAAAGCCUGGCGGUCUAUUGCAGUUGAAGGCAUUGACGAGGACAAGAUUGAGGAGUACCUCAAAAAUCAUGGAAUCAGCUCAAUGCAGGACUUGAACUUGAAGAAGGUGAACAAACCAAUGCAAAAACGGAAAGACAAAAAGCGAAAACAAAACUUUAAGAAGCUAAACAACCACAUGGGCGACCUUCUGCAGGACUACAGUGAUAACCAGCCAUGA